AUGGAUAAGAAAUCAUUUGAAACCGUGCUGGAUGAAAUUAGAAAGGCUGUAUUGACUGAGUACAAAUUAAAAGCUAUUGAAUAUGUUCAUGGAUACUUUUCUAGUGAACAGGUUGUUGAGUUACUGAGAUACUUUUCAUGGGCCGAACCACAGCUCAAGGCAAUAAAGGCUUUACAACAUAAAAUAGUGGCAGUUCCAGCAUCGAAAAUGGUUAAUAUUCUCAACUGCUUCACAUUCAGUAAAGAUAAACUUAUUGCCCUUGAAAUCUUAGCUUCCAACAUUGUUGAUGCUCAGAAUUAUCGCCUUAUUGAAGAUCUGUUCAGAAUUAAUAUGUCAGAGAAGAAAAGAUGCAGAAGAAUUCUUGAACAGGCUUCAAAAACGGGUUGUAAGGCUCCUCAUGCUAUGAUAUCAUCCUGUGGCAUGAUUCCUGGCAACCCUUAUCCCAAGGGCAAACCAAGCCGCAUAAAUGGAAUUUUCCCAGGAACCCCUAUCAAAAAGGAUACAGAUGAAUGUACUAAUGAAGGAAAGGGAAUAGCAGCUCGUAUACUUGGACCAUCCAAACCAGCUCCAUCAACCUACAAUCCACACAAACCAGUUCCAUACCCCAUCCCACCAUGUCGGCCACACGCAACUAUUGCACCAAGUGCUUACAACAAUGUUGGCUUAGUUCCAAUGGCUAAUGUCAUAGCUCCAGGCUUACCAGCUCCUCCACCAUACACUGCUAAUCAAGUGGUAUCAGAAAAUGAGGACCUUUCCGGACAGGCAAAACCUUCCCAAAAUCAAGCUUUUUCUGCACAAGCGAAUCAGCUCUUUACUCCUCAUGGUUCUAAUCCUUCAACACCUGCUGCUACUCCAGUCCCUACCCCAUCACCUGUCAAGGCAAUAAGCCAUCCAUUAGCACCUGCAACUCCACUCAUAUCUGGGAUGAACAUGCCUACCCCUGUCCUUCCUGUUUUCCCAGAACAGGUCUCCUCUUCCAUCCACACAUCUCAGCCAUCCACUCCAACCCCUACUGUCAUCAAAUCCCUUUCAUUGCCUGGUGUUCCUGUCACAUCUGUUCACAGUGCAACCUCUACCCCUAUCCCUGCAGUUUUUUCUGGGCUGGCUUCUAUACCCACUGCUGCGCCAGCUCCGCAAGGUUCUUCUACACCAUGUGCCACACCUGCGCCUAGUGAAGCUUUCGCAUCUGCUACUGCACCAUUUGCUGGCCUCCCGUUCUCUGCGACCUCUUCAAUUGCUUCCACUAAUAAUCCCACUCCAUUGUCAUCAGUUUUUGCUGGCCUCCCUUUGUCCUUGCCUCCCAACGUACAAGGGAUUUCUAGUCCUGUUCCAUCUACAAUUGCUAAUUCUCCUGCCACUACCAUUCCUGGUUCACUUAGCUUGCCUAACCCAAUUUUGUCUGUCUUAAAGGGAUUUCUGACAUCAAAUGACACUUCAUUAAUCAAUUCAUCUGCUUUACCUUCUGCUAUGACAAGUGAGCUUGCUUCUUUAUCUGCUCUUGCUAAUCAAAGCUCUGACCCUCCCACUUCCUCUGUCAACAAAUGUUAUACUCCAUCAGCCACCCCCACCCCACAGCGUUCCUCCACACCUGGGCUGGCCAUUUUUCCAGGUCUUCCAUCCCCAUCUGUGGCCAAUUCUAAUUCCACUCCUUCAACAUUGCCUACACAGUCACCUUUAACCACUUCACCAUCAAUUAUGCCAGUCAACUGUGGCUCAUCAGCCUCCAUCUUGCAUGGCACAAGCCCUACUAAUCCUGAUCAGCAGCUCUCAUCAGCCCCAGCUGCCACAAAUGUCCCAGUUCUGGUCAAAACAGAACCCAUGAGUCCUACUCUCUCAGCCUUCAAAGGUCCUUCUCAUUCAGCUGGCCCUUCUCACGGCACUAUAGGACUGUCAGCGCUUGGGCGUGCAUACACCUCGGCAGCUUCAGUGCCAGUCAGUUUACCCAGUUCCCUGAACCCAGCGCUAUCAGGUCUCUCCUCUUUGAGUGCUCCUCUAAACAAUUCCAGUUCUCUGGCUUCCAUUUCCCUCGCCCCACAUGGUUCCUCUGCUCCCAUUACCCCGGUGUUCAAUGGACUUCCUCCUUUUACGUCUCUAACCAGUAACUUUGCUUUUACUGGUAAUCCAGCACUUACGCCACCCGUCACUCUCCCAGGGUCUUUGUUACCUACUCCGUCUACAACCGCUUCAGCCGUGUCUGCCCCUCAUGUGAGUUCCACCGCCGCCGUGCUCUCAGGACUCGCCGCCUCAGCAACAGUCUCUGCUCCACCCUUCUCGCUUAACUUGUCCAGUGCCGUCCCUUCCCUUUUUUCUGUUGCCCAGGGACCUCUGGGAUCAUCAAACCCAUCCUUCCCUGGUUUUCCUGUCUCUAACACACCCUCUGUCACUCCUGCUCUCCCUUCUUUCCCUGGCCUCCAGGCAUCUUCUGCAGUAGCAGCAGUUGCACCGUUGCCGGCAGCUGCCACAGCCCCAUCUCCGGCUCCGGUCCUGCCAGGGUUUGCCUCGGCCUUUAGCUCAAACUUCAACUCUGCACUUGUUGCACAGGCUGGCUUGACUUCUGGACUACAGACACCAGGAAAUGCAGUUUUUCCUGGUCUUUUAUCUCUCCCUGGUAUCCCUGGCUUUCCCCAAAGUGCCGCACAAUCUUCCUUACAGGAACUGCAGCAUAGUGCGGCUGCGCAGUCAGCACUACUACAGGCACAUUCUGCUUCUGCUCUGGAGAACUAUACAGCUCAGCCUGAAGGUUUUGCUAACUAUCCAUCAACACCAGGAACACCAUUUUCAUUGCAGACCAGUCUGCCCCAGAGUGGAUGGCAAUAAAUACCAGACAUUUUUAAAGACUGCAGUGGUUGCUUGACAGAGCCUGAUCCUAUUCACUUGGAAGGCUGUCUCCGCGUUAGUGGGAGCGUGGUCUGAUUUGGGGAAAGAGGGGGAAGACAUGAGGGUAAAAUGAUUCCAGGAGGCUGUGUCAGAUGUCAAACCUAAUUUGUAAUUGCAUUUAAUUGAUUCAGGGUCUGAUCCUGUGAAUUGCUGAGCAUCCUUGACUCUCCUUUUAGCUUAUGAGUUGAAUGUUUGGCAUCUUACAGGAUCAGGAAUGUUCAAACAGACGUUUAUGUAAAUAGAGCAAUUGGCUGUCAAACUGAAUGGGGAGAACAAGUAUACUUAAUAGUGUGUAUAAGCACCUAUCCUUCUGUUAUGUUUUGUAUGGUAUAUGUGGUUAAUAUAGAAUGAGAUCUAGACUGAAACUAGAUACUUAAAGCUGUAGACGAUCUUUCGUCUACAUGCACACUUCUUGUGUGUGCACAGAUCAAGGUCAGUUUAUGGUUCUUCAGAUCUUUUCUUCAUAUGUGUGAGGAUCUCCUGUUAGCAUCAGUAGUGUGUUAAGGGGAGGCUAGAUCAGAGGGGUGUGUGGGUUUUCUUACGCUUUGAAAUACUGUCAUGGGGUUGCUGCUGAAUUGA